UCCAACUCCAGCUGGUCCCAGUUCACUACUAAGCUGUCAGAUAAUAGUAGCAUUUAAUCACAGAGACUGUUUAUUUGUUGUUUUACUUUAUAACUUUACUACUUUCUCUCUUGUAGCGUCAUGUAGGCCCACUAGUUCAUGCCAAACUAGUAAGCUAAUGUAGGUUAAAAGGUUCAAACAAGCUAGGUUUUAACCAUGGUGCAAAAUAAGCUAGGCUAAUUGCUCCCUGGAUUUGGCCCUGCACUUAGCAAGGGGACAGUUCAUCAAUUUUCUCAACAUCACUACAGAGAAAUGGAGUCAGGUGUGCUGCAUUCUGCUUCCCAGCACUCUGGCAUGGGCACAUCCUGGACUGAAAGUAAGGCAGAACACUUGCAUAUGAUUGUGGUGUGCCUGCAGUCACAGGUGUGUGUCUUCAUCCACUUCACCUACUAUGCUUUAAUGAGCAUGUAAGGGGCGUGUCAAAAUGAGAAGCCAGGGGUGGCAUGGGCCCCCAUUGAAAUGUGAUUGGCCACCCCAAAAUCUUAAGCCAUUUAAGACUAUCUGCCUUGUCAGAGGCAGGACUUUUGUUAAAAACUACUCUUUAAGCAUGGCAAGGUGCCGUGUUUACGCAGCCUGUUGCCCGGCAACCCCUGCCAAACAGACUGGUGGAUGAGGGAAGCUGUAAAGCAGGAGGAGCAGAUGUUGUCAUGAGGGCAUCUCAACAAAGCCUGUGGCCUGAGGGAACAGUUGGCUUUCUGAACGCUCUUCCCCCCUUUGUGAGCACACAUUGAUUGGCUCUACACUCCCCCAAAAAAGCAGAGAAGCAGCAUCAUGGGGUGCUGACAGCCAGAUAUCUGCUGGUGCUGCUCAAAAAAAUAAUGUCUGAAGAAAAAACAACAACAACGAAAGGAGGAAAUCAUCAGGAGGCUUCAGGACAACCUGUCUAGAUUUCCCUGAAGAAGAGCAAACAUGAAGCAAACAGAGCAGCUUAAAAGAGAUUAAAUGGUUACUACUAAGGAAAGCAGAAGUGUGCAGGACAUCUCUCAUAACCUGCCCAUCCAGUAAAAGCAGAUGAGUGUGCACCAAUGUGUCUGGUCCUGCUCGAGGUAAUGACAUUUUGGCUCGCCACUAUUGCCAAGUGCUUGCAACAGAGGGACUGAAGACGAGAGGUGCUGAAGUGUUUCCCCUCCUGGUGUGUGAAUGGGUGGGGGGGUCCUUUGUGGUGAAGAAUCAAGAGUUGAAGUCAACACAGAGAGCUGCAGUUUAAUGGCUGGCAGGUAGAGGCCGAAGAGGGACAAUCAUCAUGAACUCGAUUCCGUCGAUGGACAGACACAUACAGCAGACCAAUGAUCGUCUGCUGUGUAUCAAACAGCACUUACAAAAUCCAGCAAAUUUCCAAACAGCAGCGACCGAGUUGCUGGACUGGUGUGGUGACCCCCGAGCCUUCCAGCGCCCCUUUGAGCAAAGCCUGAUGGGAUGCCUAACGGUGGUCAGCCGUGUAGCAGCCCAGCAGGGCUACGACUUGGACCUGGGCUACCGGCUUCUGGCUGUGUGCGCUGCCAACAGGGACAAGUUCACUCCAAAAUCAGCAGCUCUCCUGUCCUCGUGGUGCGAGGAGCUCGGACGCCUCCUCCUCCUCCGUCACCAGAAGAACAGGCAGAACGAGCCUCCAGGAAAAGUGCCCAUGCAGCCCCCCAUGAGCUCCAUGAAGCCCGGCCUCUCACACGGAGAUGGGUCCUUUCCCUACGACUCUGUUCCCUGGCAACAGAACACCAAUCAGCCCCCAGGUUCGUUGUCUGUGGUGACAACGGUCUGGGGCGUCACCAACACAUCACAGAGCCAGGGGUUGGGGAAUCCCAUGGCCAACAACAACAAUCCCAUGAAUCCCGGGGGCAACCCAAUGGGCUCGGGUAUGACUGGUAACAAUCCAGGGAUGAACUCCCCCCAGUUCUCUGGUCCUCAGCAGCAGUUCCCCAAUAAAGGCAACUCCAACCAGGCGUACAUGCAGCAGGGCAUGUACGGCCGACCCAACUACCCCGGAGGAGGAGGCUUCGGCGGGAAUUACCCUGGAGGACCCAAUGCUGGACCUGGAGGAAUGGGCAUCCCUCCACACUCACGUCCUCCUUCAGACUUCGCCCAGCCCGCUGCUGCAGCUGCCGCGGCUGCAGUUGCUGCUGCUGCCGCCACGGCAACUGCCACUGCCACAGCAACGGUAGCUGCCCUGCAGGAAACCCAGAACAAGGACAUGAACCAAUACGGGCCGAUGAGUUCCUCUUUCCAGAUGGGACCAAACCAGGCGUACAACAGCCAGUUCAUGAACCAGCCAGGACCCCGUGGCCCUCCAUCACUUCCUGGAAACAUGGGCACAGGCAUGAAUGCAUCCAAUAUGAGCGGGCCCCCCAUGGGAAUGAACCAGCCCAGAGGGCAAGGCAUGGGACCGUUUGCAGCCCACGGGCAGAGGAUGCCCCAGCAAGCCUAUGCAGGACCCAGGCCUCAGGGCAUGGGAAUGCAGGGCAUGAAGAGGCCGUACCCAGGAGAGCCAAACUAUGGUGGGCAGCAGUAUGGACCAAACAACCAGUUUCCUAACCAGCAAGGGCAGUACCCCACACCCAACGCCUCCAGGCCACUGCCAUCCCCCAACUACCCAGGCCAGAGGAUGCCGGGUCAGCAGCUGCAGGGCCAAUACCCGCCACCUAGUGGUGCCAUGGGACAGUUCUAUAAGCAAGAGCCAUCCUUUAAUGGCCAAACAAAUAACUUCUCUGGGAGUGGAUAUCAGUACAGCCAGGGGAAUAUGAAUGGGCCACCCAGACCAGUGGGAAACUACCCUCACUCCCCAGUGCCAGGCAACCCCACCCCUCCAAUGACCCCAGGAAGUAACAUCCCUCCAUACCUGUCGCCAAACCAGGAUGUGAAGCCACCCUUCCCUCCUGACAUCAAACCAAAUAUCACUGCCCUCCCUCCACCGCCAGCUAACCACAACGAGGAGCUGCGCCUGACGUUCCCAGUGCGAGAUGGUGUGGUCUUAGAGCCAUUCAGGCUAGAGCAUAACCUGGCUGUCAGCAACCACGUCUUCCAUUUACGGCCCUCGGUGCACCAGACACUCAUGUGGCGAUCGGACCUGGAGCUGCAGUUCAAGUGCUACCACCAUGAAGACCGACAGAUGAACACCAACUGGCCGGCAUCGGUCCAAGUCAGCGUAAAUGCCACGCCGCUCACAAUCGAGCGGGGCGACAAUAAGACCUCCCACAAACCCCUGCACUUGAAACACGUCUGCCAGCCUGGAAGAAACACGAUCCAGAUCACAGUCACUGCCUGCUGCUGUUCGCACUUGUUCGUGCUGCAGCUGGUCCACAGGCCCUCAGUCCGCUCUGUGCUCCAAGGCUUACUGAAAAAGAGGCUUCUCCCGGCAGAGCACUGCAUCACCAAAGUUAAGAGGAACUUCAGCAGCGUAGCAGCAUCGUCGGGCAAUGCACCGCUCAACGGAGAGGACGGUGUGGAACAGACGGCCAUUAAGGUUUCCCUCAAAUGUCCGAUCACCUUCCGGCGAAUACAGCUUCCAGCAAGAGGACAUGACUGCAAACACGUUCAGUGUUUUGAUUUGGAAUCUUAUUUACAACUGAACUGUGAGCGGGGGACAUGGCGAUGUCCUGUAUGCAAUAAAACAGCGUUAUUAGAAGGACUCGAAGUGGACCAGUACAUGUGGGGAAUCUUAAACGCCAUUCAAAACUCGGAGUUUGAGGAGGUUACCAUCGACCCUACAUGUAGUUGGCGGCCGGUAGCUAUUAAAUCUGAAAUCCACAUAAAGGAGGAUCCAGACGGACCGCUGGCCAAGAGGUUCAAGACGAUGAGUCCCAGCCAGAUGAUCAUGCCCAACGUAAUGGAGAUGAUAGCUCAGCUUGGCCCCGGACCGUCACCGUACCCGUUACUACAAUCUCAGCAAGGGGGCAACAACAACGAAUACGGCAGCCAAGGUAACAGUUACCAGGGGCACGGGAGCUUUGACUUCCCUCAUGGGACACCUGGUGGUACAUCGAUGAAUGACUUCAUGCACGGCCCACAGCUGUCCCACCCACCUGACAUGCCCAACAGCCUCAUGUCGCAAGACAAGCCCCUUUCCCACAACAUGCCAGACUCAAUACCUCACUCAGUUGGCAAUGACCAGUCGCACGGUUCAUUGCAGCAGAGCUUACACGCAUCUCCACACCCUGGGAGCCAAUCAGGGCAGCAGCUACACCACAGCGGGCCUCCUCUACCAUCACGACUAGUUCCACCCUCUCAGCAACAGCAACAACAACAACAGCAACAACAGCAACAACAGCAACAACAGCAACAGCAGCAGCAACAACAGCAGCCCGGUCCUAACAACCAUCCUCACAGUGACCUGGCCUUCAACCCCUCCAGCAGUUUGGACAGCCAAGCAGGGUCGGACAUGCCUGAGCCAUCUUUAGACCUUCUUCCAGAGCUUGCUAACCCAGACGAGCUGUUAUCUUACCUAGACCCACCGGACCUCCCCAGCAAUAGCAACGACGACCUUCUAUCGCUCUUCGAAAACAACUGAGGCAGUUCAGACACAUAAACUUUUUCUGACCGCCUGCAGUUCCAGUACUUGAUAAACACAAAGAUGCACUCCCUUUCUCUUCUUCCUCUUGUACAGUUUUCAUUGGCCAGCGCAGAUUGACUGAAAGAGGUUCAAACUCAGACACGACGGAAUCCUUCGUGGCGAUACUUUUGAACUGUGCAGCUAUACUCAGUUGACUUUUUUACACACAGGUGUAUGUGUGCACAUUAGGAACGUGUUGUAGCAUUUUUUUUAUCCAUGUUUUUUUUUCUCUUUGAAAAAAAAAGGAAUUUCAAUGUGUAAAAAAAACAAAAAAAAACCCAGAAAAAUAACUGAAAACUUCUGCGCUAUGUGGCCAGUGUGCGUUUUGUCCAUGUUGUUAUUCCAAUCUGUGAGGCCACAGCUUCCUGGUGUUACAGCUCCAUUCCCUGACUGGUCUGGUUAGUCGCACUGUUGUUUGUCCACCACACAUCAUUUUAAAGCACAAGAGAUUAUGGCAAUGCAAAAAACCACAACUGUCUUUACUUCAAAAUAAAAGAGGAAUUUAAAAUACAUUUCUGUCCUUGAUAAAAUGUUUUUAAACACAUUUUGGCAACAUUUUAAAACAUUUUUGGAAAAGAUUGGCUUCCACUUUUUCCACAACUUGAUACAAAAUAUUUUUGUCAAAAAGAGAUGUCUCUCAAGAGUUAACCACCAGAAUAGGGAACAUUUUGGCCCCAUUUAAAGAAGACACGUUUUUAUUGCAUACCUGCACUUCUAAAUACUGUAUUGUAAUAUCCCUAGUUCACAGAGGUGGGAUUUUAAUAAAAUUCAAAGGUACAAAACAAAAGAUUGGAGUUCCUGAAACUACCCUGCUGUGUUUACUGCUUCCUGCUACGACUCCUUACAAUGAAGUCUGCAUUUUUGCAAUGUUGCAUCUCUCUUCCUGUAAAUGGUGUGCUGUUUUAAGUAGUCUACAAAGUGCAUGUGUGCCAAGCCCUUGUCUAGUGCUGUUCCAAGAUGUUAAAAAAAGAUUGUGUGGUUUUUUUAUCAGUUGCUGUUUCCAUGGCUCUUUUGUUUGUACGUUUUUGAUUUAUGAGUAUGAUUUAUUUAACACUAACAGUGAAGGGAUAAUGCUGAUAUCAGUGAUACAUUUCUCAUGUAUCUGCUGUAUAUACUGUGUUAUGUUUGUGUUUUUAGUUUUAGUUUUGUUGCUGCAUAAUUAAAAUAUCCAUAAUUCUUUUAGGAAACUGCUCAACAUCACCAAAGUGGGAGGGAGGAGAAUGGAGAUGUUUGUGUUUUCUUAAAUGAGUAUGUGUGUGUGCGUGUGUGUGUGUGUGUGUGUGUGUGUGUGUGUGUGUGUGUGUGUGUGACUGUGUGCAUGUGCGUGUGUGUUGGGAAGUAACCCAGAUGUCAAAGAUAAAGGAGGAGGACAAAUACAGUUUAUCCAUCACUGCUGUUCAGAGAGAAGUGGUUUUUAGAGCAGUAUUGGUGCAGACUUUUUUUUUUUUUUUUGCGACGUUUGUUUUCAGUUUUUUGAGAAGAGUGCUGUUCAGUAUGCAAAUGUAUUAUUUUUUAUGAAAUGCUAUUGUACUGUAAAUAUCAUUGUGAAUAUUUUUGUAUCAUCUUGAUAAUGUUUGUCUUUUGAUCAUGAGUCGUCCGACCUCCCCCGCCACGUUACCCUCCCAGAAACUCCCACCUAACCACUGACUUUGUUUGUAACCAGCUGGGAAACCAGUCCAAACGUCUCAUAAGCUAUUUCCUGCAAGUUGUCAAGCUUACUCGUCACUUUUCCUCCCAGUGCACUCUGUCUCACACCUGCUGUUUCCAGACAGGUGUCACAUUUUUAUACCCCCCUCCCCUCCUCAACCCACUUUCUGUAUCAGCUCGAGGUGAUUGUGUAGCAACAUUUUCUCAGUUUUCAAGCAAUACUUUCUUUCAUGCUAGGAUGUAUCUGAUUUAAAAUGAUCAAUGUUGUCCGAUUAUGUUAACAUUUUAUCAGUGACGGUUUUUAAAAAGAUGUAUCAGCUGGCUUUCAGUGUAAUAAGUGAGCUAUGUGAAUAUCAUAAUUGUUGCAAAAUGUCAAUACACAGUGGUAUUUUAAAGAUAUAUCACAACCAUAUUUUAAAGAAAUCCAUUAUAUUGUUUAUAUUUUUGUUAUAGAAGAUGUUGCUUUUUUAAAAGCAUGAGACCAUAUACAUUUUUACCCCCUUUUGGUUUUUUUUGGUAAAUUAUUUUGUACUGGUUUUUCUUAUUAAUCUGUAAGGCUAGAAAUCCAAUUUCUUUCCACUGUAGCAUUGCGUGAUUUAACCGCCCAGCUUUUCUGUAAACAUUAUUUUUAACAUUGCAUUAAGUAAUAUUAUUUGUUCCAGUUCAGCUCACUGACAUGUUGUUUCAUAUUUAUGUCACAAAGAGACAUCAAAUCAAAAAAAUCAAUACACUGCCACAUUUCAUAUUUUCAUUUUUUAAUGGAAAGAUUGUAAUCAAUCCUGUGUUAGUCAUCGCCAUUUCAUAUUUUGGCAUAACAAGGCAGCACCCCAAAUCUGUAAUUGCACAAUCACAAUAAAAGGGUCAUUUCUGUGGGGAAGAUGUUUUCAGAAAAGGAGACAAAAUAGAAAUUAAAAAAACAGAUGAAGGGCACGUUCAUCAUUCUUGCCUGGGAAAGAAGUUGAGGGUGAGGCUAGAUCAAAGGUCACAAGGAUGCCUGUAUAUAUGUAAAUGAAAAUAGAAACAUGUGAACAGAAAUGUAUUCAUUUUCCCUGGGAAUGUGCAUUGUUUCUUCAGAAUAAUAAAAAGCUUGCAACCCCUCAACUGGAAGUGACUGAAUAUGGAAAACUUGUUAGUUAACGUCUGUGGGUAUCACUCCACAUUUUGUUCCCCCACCUCUGUAAUAUACUUUCACCUCUUUUGUUAAGGGGAACUGGGACAGCUAUGUUUUACAUGUAAUAUUUAGCUUAAGUGUUCUAGUCUGUCACCUGCAUACUCUGAGGUGCUAAUGCUGAAAAAAAGAAGAAAAAAAAGAGGUUACAAAGAAAACCAUUUAGAGGGAGGGGAUAUAAAGAGGCGGGGGAGGAUGGGUCCAGAAGAUUGUAACCGAAUCCAUAGUUUGUACAAUUUUUGAUAUCAUGAACAGUUGGAAAAAUGAUACAAUCUAAGGUGAUUCAUGCAAUGUGGCCAUUGUCUCUAUUGUGUACAUUGUAUGUACAAUCAUUUCAUAAUCUAAACUGGUCAGAAAAUAAAGGAACUAAUUGUGAUUUUUAGUCUUGCAGAACUGUAUGUAGUUAGAUGAUGUGACAACCUAAUAUUUAUCUAAUAAAUAUGUAUUCAGAUGAUACCUGUA